AUGGUUCAGGAAAGUACAAUGAUCUGUGUUGAUAACUCUGAAUUUAUGCGCAAUGGGGAUUUUGCUCCGACGCGCCUCCAAUGCCAGCAAGAUGCUGCAAACCUUGUGGUUCAAUGUAAGCUCCGCGCGAACCCUGAAAAUGCAGUAGGAGUGCUUUCAAUGGCAGGGGAAGUGACCGUGCUUUCUACAAUGACUCAAGAAAGCUCUCGCCUCUUUAUGAAGUUGCAUCAACUUGAACCAAAGGGUGAAUGCAAGGUCAUUUCGGCAAUUAAAAUAGCCCACUUGGCUUUGAAACAUCGUCAGAACCGUAAUCACAAAAUGCGUAUUGUGCUCUUCUGUGGCAGUCCGGUUGAAGACGUCGACGUCGCUGAGUUGACUAAAGUUGCCAAGAAAUUGAAGAAGGAAAAGGUGCAAGCUGAUAUUGUAUGCUUCGGGGAGGUUGACGCUGAAAACGCGAAGGUUUUUGAGCAAUUUAUUGAUACGCUGAACGGAAAAGAAGGAACUAACUCUCAUCUUGUGAUUGUUUCUUCUGGUUCUACUUUAACGGAGGCAAUCGCCAAUAGUGCUGUUUGUCGCGGAGAGGAUGGAACCGCAGCCCCAAUCAACAUUCAUGGAGGUGGUUUCGAGUUCGGAGUUGAUCCCGACGAGGAUCCAGAUCUUGCUUUGGCACUCCGUGUUUCACUUGAAGAGCAGCGGGCUCGUCAAGCCGCUGAAGCCGCAGCUGCUGGUGGCGGUGGUGGUGGCGCUGCCAACGAACCUGCGUCUCAAGAAGUUCCGAGUGGAAUGCCCGAUGUUAUGGAUAUGGAUGUUGGUGCAAUGGAUGAGGAUCAGCAACUUGAAUGGGCAUUGCGCAUGAGCAUGCAGCAAGAUCCGAAUGCUCAGCCUUCUACAAACACCGAGGGCUCUGGAAACACUGGUCAGCAAUCAAUGGAUACACAGCCUGCUGAAGGAUCUGGAAGUCAAGAUGAUUUAUUGAACAACCCCGAGUUAUUACAGCAGAUGGUCAAUAAUCUGCCUGGUAGCACCAAUGAACAACCGAAGGACGACAAGGACAAGGAUAGUGAACACAAGGCAAAU